AGGGAUCGUGUUCGGGUCUGGGCAUGGUCCGUUUACAGGCCUCCAGCAAGUAACGGGCCGUGGCCCGUCGCCACCACUAUCUAGCAUCUUGCGCUUACCAGCUUCGUCCUGUUCUGCCGCUUCCUCGCCUGAAACCUCUUCUAAACCACCGUUCCAACUUCGAACAGCUUAACCAUCCAUUCAACACUUGUUCACUUUUAUACACACACACGGGAUGUCCAACGGCGGCCCAGAGGUGGGGAGGGUUUUCAUCGGAGCAGGGUGCAACCGAAUAGUGAACAACGUCUCGUGGGGGGCUUGCGGUUUAGUCGCCUUCGGUGCCCAAAACGCCGUUGCCAUCUUCUGCCCCGAGACUGCGCAAAUUCUUACCACGAUUCCGGGUCACAAGGCCUCCGUGACUUGCACCUAUUGGCUUCCAUCUGCUAAGUUCGCAUUUAAGGCAAAACACUUGGAGCGGCAUUUCUUACUCUCUGGUGAUGCUGAGGGUGUCAUUAUUUUGUGGGAGUUAUCUCUUCUAGACAAACAGUGGAGGUAUGUGUUACAAGUACCGCAAUCACACAAGAAGGGUGUCACAUGCAUUGCUGGAUUUAUGAUUUCUGAAACUGAUGCAGUGUUUGCGUCUACUUCUUCCGACAGUUCAGUUUAUGUAUGGGAAUUGGCCCUUCCAUCUUCAUCUGGCGGUGACUGCAAUUUGUCAUGUCUAGACACCCUUUCUGUUGGUCCAAAGCCUAUGGUUACACUUUCUAUAGCAGAAUUGCCUGGAACUACUGGGCAUUUUCUCCUAGCAAUGGGGGGUUUGGAUAACAAGAUCCAUCUUUUUUGUGGUGAGAGGACAGGAAAAUUUGUUCGCGCUUGUGAGUUAAAAGGGCAUAAUGAUUGGAUAAGAAGUUUGGAUUUCUCAUUACCUGUAUGCACAAAUGGUGAAAUGAGUAAUCUUUUGUUAGUAAGUUCAUCUCAAGACAGAAGCAUACGCAUCUGGAAGAUAACUCCACACAAUUCUCUUGCUAAUUCUAGAAGGAGAGAAGAUAUAAGCUUGACUUCUUAUAUCGAAGGUCCUAUAUUUGUUGUGGGUUCAUUUUCCUACCAGAUAUCAUUAGAGUCUCUCCUCAUUGGACAUGAGGAUUGGGUGUACUCGGUGGAAUGGCAACCUCCUUUAGUUUCAGCCGAAGGAGUUGAGUGUCAUCAACGGCAAAGCAUUUUAUCUGCAUCCAUGGACAAGACAAUGAUGAUCUGGCAACCAGAGAGAACCACUGGUAUCUGGAUGAAUGUGGUUACAGUUGGAGAGUUAAGUCAUUGUGCUUUAGGGUUUUAUGGUGGACACUGGAGCUCAAGUGGAGAUGCUAUUCUAGCUCAUGGUUAUGGUGGAUCUUUCCAUCUCUGGAGAAAUGUUGGUGUUGAUGCAGACAAUUGGCAGCCACAAAAAGUUCCGUCUGGGCACAUUGCAGCAGUGGCAGAUAUUGCAUGGGCCAAGUCUGGUGAAUAUUUGCUUUCAGUCAGUCAUGAUCAGACUACAAGGAUAUUUGCUCCAUGGCUUAGUGAACCUCAUUUGGAAACUCUGGACACUUGGCAUGAAAUUGCUCGCCCUCAAGUUCAUGGGCAUGAUAUCAACUGUGUGGCAAUCAUUCAAGGAAAGGGUAACCACCGUUUUGUUAGUGGGGCUGAGGAGAAAGUUGCAAGAGUAUUUGAAGCACCUCUAUCUUUUUUAAAGACAUUGAAUCAUGCUGCUUUACACAAAUCUACAUUUCCUGAAGACAUGCAAGCUGAUGUUCAGAUUUUAGGUGCAAAUAUGUCUGCUCUUGGGCUGUCACAGAAACCUAUUUAUGUUCAAGCUGCACAUGAGCCUACAGUGAGAAAUAGUAAUGAAGGUGUUGAUACCCUCGAAACUAUACCAGAUGCAGUUCCUGUUGAAUUAACUGAACCUCCCAUUGAAGAACAACUGGCAUGGCAUACAUUAUGGCCUGAGUCACACAAGCUUUACGGUCAUGGGAAUGAGCUGUUUUCACUAUGUUGUGAUCAUAAAGGGGAGCUUGUUGCUUCAUCAUGUAAGGCCCAAUCUGUUUCGGUUGCAGAAAUAUGGCUAUGGCAAGUGGGUUCGUGGAAGGCAAUUGGUCGCUUGCAGUCUCAUAGUUUAACAGUGACACAAAUGGAAUUCUCUCAUGAUGACAAUUUUCUUUUGGCAGUGUCAAGGGAUCGCCACUUCUCUGUUUUCUCCAUCAAACAAACAGGUGCCGACAAAAUCAGUUACCAGCUUCUAGCACGGCAGGAGGCCCACAAAAGAAUAAUAUGGGCAUGUUCCUGGAACCCAUUUGGACAUGAAUUUGCCACCUGUUCAAGGGACAAGACUGUGAAGAUCUGGGCCGUGGAGAAGAGCUCUUCGGUAAAACAGCUCAUGACUCUGCCGCAGUUCCACAAUAGCGUCACAGCCAUAUCCUGGCUCGGCCUUGAUCUUUCGAGCAACGCUGGAUGUCUUGCAGUUGGACUGGAAAAUGGACUCAUUGAAUUGUGGAGUCUUUCUGUUGUCCGAACAGAAGACGGCAGCCUAGCGGCGACGGGGCCUUCAACCGCCGCUCUUCUCGUCCGGUUGGAUCCAUUCAUGUGCCAUGUUUCAACAGUUCACCGGCUAGCUUGGAGAAACCGGGUGCAGAGCACAGCCUCUGGGAGCAUGCAGCUUGCUUCUUGUGGAGCUGACAACUCUGUGAGAGUGUUUGAGGUGAGAUUUGAUUAGAUUAUCAGUGGAGACCCUAAUUAUGUACUUGUAAUCAGUUGAAUGAGAAAUUUCUAUGCCCCUUUCGACCGGGCUUGAGUUGAUCGAAUUCGAGUAAUUUUGUCGCCAUGUUAAACAGUUGAGUUACCCACGGCCAAGUAUUAUAUUUCUUCCUA